UUGUUGUCCAGAUGGUCCCGAAACGACGGCGCAUGCGAGCCAGCGCCGCCGUCUCCUCCGCGCUGCCCUCGGGGCGCUUCCCUGGCGUCGCCCUCUUCCUGGUCGAGCGGAGGAUGGGCCGCAGCCGCCGGGCCUUCCUCACUCGCUUGGCUCUGUCCAAAGGUUUCCGCGUCCUCGACUCCUACAGCUCUGAGGUGACCCAUGUGGUGAUGGAGCGGACCUCGGCAGAGGAGGCCAUCUGCUGGCAAGAGUGUGCGGCUACUGCUUCCCCAGGGCGCCCCCACCGGGGCCCCCACCCCGCUCUGCUGGACAUCACCUGGUUCACAGAGAGUAUGGCGGCUGGGCAGCCUGUCCCCGUGGAAUCCCGGCACCGCCUGGAGGUGGCUGAGCCCAGGACGGGGCCCCUGAGCCAGGACUGGAUACCACCCUAUGCCUGUCAGCGUCCCACACCUCUCACGCAUCACAACACUCCCCUCUCAGAGGCCCUGGAUAUACUGGCAGAGGCAGCAGGCUUUGAAGGCAGCGAGGGUCGCUGCCUCUCCUUCCAAAGAGCGUCGGCAGUACUCAGGGCCCUGCCCUGCCCUGUCACAUCCUUGCGGCAGCUCCAGGGGCUGCCCCACUUCGGAGAACAUUCUUCAAGGGUGGUCCAGGAGCUGCUGGAGCAUGGGACAUGUGAGGAGGUGGAGAGAGUUCGCUGUUCAGAGAGGUAUCAGACCAUGAAGCUCUUCACCCAGAUCUUUGGGGUGGGUGUGAAGACUGCCAACCGGUGGUACCUGGAAGGGCUUCGAACCCUAGAUGAGCUCCAAGAGCAGCCUCAGAGACUGAACCGGCAGCAGAAAGCAGGACUACAGCACCACCAGGACCUGAGCACCCCAGUUGGGCGGUCUGAUGCUGAGGCCCUGCAGGAGCUGGUGGAGGCAGCCGUGGGACAGGUCCUGCCUGGGGCCACUGUCACACUCACCGGUGGCUUCCGGAGGGGGAAGAUGCAGGGCCAUGAUGUGGACUUCCUCAUCACCCACCCUGAGGAAGGCCAGGAGGCGGGGCUGCUUCCCAGAGUGCUGGACCACCUGCAGAGCCAGGGCCUUGUCCUGUAUCACCAGCACCAUCAGAGCCACUUGGGUGACCUCACACGCCUGACCCAGCAGAAACACACCAUGGAUGCCUUUGAGAGGAGUUUCUGCAUUUUCCGCCUGCCGCAACCACCAGGGGCUGCUGAGGGGGAAGCCCUGGGGUCCUGGCCCAUCUGGAGAGCUGUGAGGGUGGAUCUGGUGGUUGCCCCCAGCAGCCAGUUCCCUUUUGCUCUCCUUGGCUGGACUGGCUCUCAGCUUUUUGAGCGGGAGCUGCGCCGCUUUAGCCGGAAGGAGAAAGGACUAUGUCUGAACAGCCAUGGACUGUUUGACCCAGAGAAGAAGACGAUUUUCCAUGUGGCUUCUGAGGAAGACAUCUUCCAACACCUGGGCCUUGAGUACCUUCCCCCUGAGCAGAGAAAUGCCUGAUCCAAUGAUAUUGUCACCCCCACCAGUUAGAAAUGAGGGGCUGCUGCCCCAAGCCCUUACUUCUGCCAGCAGAGGGCUGGUCACUGCUGGGGCUUUG